CGGACCUACUUUUGUGUCAAUUUGGACUGCGGAACCGCCUCCCGCCGGCCGCCAAUGGGCGCGCGGGCUUUGUCUCCAACCUCUUGGAUGUUGACCAAUAGAAAUGUUGGUUCGGGAUUGACAGAUACUGAAACCUCUAGGCAGUAGCUUUGUCUCCUGACUCCCGCCCCCUUCUUCUGAAGCUCCUAGCCGGGCGUGCCCGCCCCUCGUCGCCGGAGCCAAUGGGCGCAGGGGGCGGGGAUUGUUUACGUCUCGCGCCUGGGCGGAAAGUGGGUCAGGGCCUGGCCGGCUGAGCGCGCGACGGGGGCUGCAGAUUCUCUCCACCAUGGCCAGACGCCCCCGGAGCAGCAGGGCCUGGCACUUCGUCCUGAGUGCAGCCCGCCGAGACGCAGAGGCCCGGGCCGUGGCUCUGGCAGGCUCCCCUAACUGGGGCUAUGACUCUGAUGGGCAGCACAGCGACUCGGACUCAGACCCCGAGUACUCCACGCUGCCACCAUCGAUCCCCAGCGCGGUGCCCGUGACCGGCGAGUCGUUCUGUGACUGUGCCGGGCAGAGUGAGGCUUCCUUCUGUAGCAGCCUGCACUCAGCCCACAGGGGCAAAGACUGCCGCUGUGGAGAGGAAGACGAGUCCUGGGCCUCUCUUGCAGAUUUUGACUGGGUGUGGGAUGACCUGAAUAAAUCAUCAGCCACCCUGCUGAGCUGUGACAACCGCAAGGUCAGCUUCCACAUGGAGUACAGCUGCGGCACGGCGGCCAUCCGGGGCACCAAGGAGCUUGGGGAGGGCCAGCACUUCUGGGAGAUCAAGAUGACCUCGCCCGUCUACGGCACUGACAUGAUGGUGGGCAUUGGGACAUCGGAUGUGGACCUGGACAAAUACCGCCACACGUUCUGCAGCCUGCUGGGCAGGGACGAGGACAGCUGGGGCCUCUCCUACACGGGCCUCCUCCACCACAAGGGCGACAAGACCAGCUUCUCCUCAAGGUUCGGCCAGGGCUCCAUCAUUGGCGUGCACCUGGAUACCUGGCACGGGACACUGACCUUCUUCAAGAACAGGAAGUGCAUAGGCGUGGCAGCCACUAAGCUGCAGAACAAGAGGUUCUACCCAAUGGUGUGCUCCACGGCAGCACGCAGCAGCAUGAAAGUCACCCGCUCCUGCGCCAGCGCCACCUCUCUCCAGUACCUCUGCUGCCACCGCCUGCGCCAGCUGCGGCCGGACUCGGGGGACACGCUGGAGGGCCUGCCCCUGCCACCAGGCCUCAAGCAGGUGCUGCACAACAAGCUGGGCUGGGUCCUGAGCAUGAGCUGCAGCCGCCGCAAGGCUCCAGCGCCCGAUCCCCAGGCGGCGGCAUCGGCCCGCCCCAGCAGUCCUGAGCCCCGGCCCUGCCAGAGGAAGCGCUGCCGCCGGACCUGACCGACUUCCCAGUGGCUGCUCCCUAGGCUGCGACAGCCAUUUUCUCUGUUCCUUCUGGCCACACUCCAGGGUGGAGUUGGAUGAGCCAUCUCUCACCUCCUGAGGCUGGGUCAGUCCUUUCUAUGGGGGCUCCAGGGCCCUUCCACUGCUGUGCUGGGUGGGGAAGCAGCCACCCCAAGCCCCAGGUCUCCUGGGAGGCUGCGAGGAGAGCCUGGCUGGAGCCCGCUGUUCCCACAGGGCCUUCGUUGUUCCUAACUUGCUCUGCAUGCUGUCAGCGGCAGCCCUGCCAUCAUAGACCUAAGUGACUGCAAUAAAUGUAGAGUUGUUGUCUAACA